GUUGUUGAGACGCUUUGAGAAUGAUUUCCUCUCUCGUUGUCUUCUGUCUGUCCUGCCGUGUCCUCUGUGACGUCGUCAGGACCGAGGACAGACGUUUCUGUCCCGCGUGUGUGUCACAGUUGACUCUGCGGAGGAUUAAGAAGAUUUUACUGAGGAAAAUGUUGUUAGCGGAUAGCAUGUAGCUUCCGCUAGUUUUCACAUUUACUAACUUCCUGUGAACGAGUGAGUCACGUGAUUCCACUCUUUGUCUCAGGUUUAUUUCGUCAUUUUUUGUUUCCAUUGAAGUGAAUAAUUGUGACUGUUUUUUUUAAACCUUAUCAUUUUAUUAUGAUCAUAACUUUAAUUUAGCCAGGAACAAACAAUAUAUACAAUGACGUGAUCACAGAUAUCAAACCACAUGAUCAAAUUGAUAAUGUUAACUUAUACAAACAAUAUAUAAAAUGACGUCAUCACAGAUAUAAAACCACACAAUCAAUCAAAUCAAUAAUGUUAACUUACAUAAACAAUAUAUACAAUGACGUGAUCACAGAUAUAAAACCACAUAAUUAAUUAAAUCAAUAAUGUAAUAAUCAAUAACAGCCUCAUGUUUCGGUUUGAAGUAUGAAGUCAGUGUUUUAACAUGAACUGACACAUCACUGCAGUCACAGACCGACACGCAGACAGGCAGACAGACACAGAAGCGUCUCACUGAAGACACAGAAGCUGCCUCACUGAGGACAGAGAAGGUGUCUCACUGAGGACAGAGAAGCCGUCUCACUGAGGACACAGAAGCCGUCUCACUGAGAACACAGAGGCCGUCUCUCUGAGGACAGAGAAGCCGUCUCACUCAGAACUGCGGAGGACUCUCAGAAUCACGUAGACCUGGACCCCGUAAAGGUCACAGAGCAGCAGAGAGUUCAUCACAACAUCUGUGACUCGUUCACAUUUUCAUAUUCACAUUAUUUGGACGCAUUCAGAAAUAAAUUGGACUCUUUUCACACAAAAGACGACACAAUGCUUCACUCUUUAAUCACAUCUGUAUUUGUGCCGUUGAAGCUUCGCUCAUUUCCUGCUGCUGAUACGAGACGACACGCUUCCUCUUCCUGCUGCUGAUAUGAGACGACACGCCGCUGCCUGCUUCAGCUUCUAUUGUGGAGUUAAAUGGAGGCAGAUUAUGGUCUGACACGCUGGAGGUCACGACCUCUGCAUCCUUCUCCCAGUGUCCUGCUGGUGGAGCCGUUCUAUGGCGGAUCACACAAACAGCUGAUUGACCUGCUGCAGGAAAACAUCGACGGCUGCGUCGUCUUCUCGCUGCCGGCCAAGAAAUGGCACUGGAGAGCGAGAACCUCGGCGCUGUACUUCAGCCAGAACAUCCCCACCUGUCCCACGUACAGAGUUCUGUUCAGCAGCUCAGUCCUGAACCUGUGUGAGCUGGUGGCUCUCAGACCAGACCUGGGUCGUCUAAAGAAGGUCCUGUACUUCCACGAGAACCAGCUGGUUUAUCCAAUCCGUAAAGAGCAGGACAGAGACUUCCAGUAUGGAUACAACCAGGUGUUGUCAUGCCUGGUGUCGGACGUGGUCGUCUUUAACUCGCGCUUCAACAUGGAGUCCUUCUUGUCCUCCAUCUCUCUCCACAUGAAGAAGAUUCCAGACCACCGGCCCAAACACCUGGACCAGCUGAUCCGGCCCAAGUGUGUGGUCCUGAACUUCCCGGUCCAGUUCCCUGAGGUCAGCAGGCUGCUGCCCAAGCAUAAGUUGGCGCUGCAGCAGCGUCAGACUUGCAGGUGGAUGAGUGACAGUUGUGAGGGUGAAUCUGGACCAGGACCGGGACUGAAGCAGGACUGUGGAGAGCAGAUGAAACCUCUUCACAUUGUUUGGCCUCACAGAUGGGAACAUGAUAAGAAUCCUCAGCUCUUCUUCUCGGCGCUGCUCAAACUGAAGGAGAAACAACUCAACUUCCACGUGUCUGUGAUCGGAGAGACAUUCACUGAUGUUCCAGAGGUCUUCGUGGAGGCGCGGCGUGAGCUAGCCGACCACGUGCUGACGUGGGGUUUCCAGGCAAGUAAAGACGAUUACCUGAGAGUUCUGUGCGAGGCCGACGUUGUCGUCUCCACCGCCAAACACGAGUUCUUCGGUGUCGCCAUGUUAGAAGCCGUUUACUGUGGAUGUUUACCCGUGUGUCCAAACACUCUGGUUUAUCCUGAAAUAUUCCCAGCUCAGUACCUGUACUCCACACCUGAACAGUUGUGUAAACGUCUGCAGGAGUUCUGCACGAGGCCGGACAUCGUCCGCAGUCACGUUGUCAUGGUUGACACUGACUCGUUCUCCUGGACUCGGUUGAAGAAUCACUUUCAGACUCUUCUGACUGAUGCAGAUUAUUUGACAAUGUUACCAACGACUGUCACUGAAAUGUAACUACUGUCCUCAGAGACAUCAGAUGGACAUGUCCUGUCCUCAGAGACACUUCAGACACAGGAUUGAAGAAAAAGAUUAACAGUGAAAUAAAGAAAACAAAAUUGAA